AUGUCCAAGCGUUCCAGAAGCCCUUCACCCACUCUUCCAGACCCAGGGCCACAACCACAGUCUCCAACAUAUACAGAAAACACAGAGAACCCAACAUCCUCCGUCUCAGAACGGGCGAAGAUCGCGCGGGACUCAAUCCCUGUCUCAGAGGUCAUGCAUUGCGCGCUACCGCCACACAGAGAAGCUCUGUCGUUUGCCUCAUAUGAGGACUAUGAAGUUCAUUACAUACAAGCACAUGUCAAUCGCUGCUCACAGUGCAGCAAAAACUUCCCAACUAGCCAUUUCUUGAAUCUUCAUAUCGAAGAGAACCAUGAUCCUCUAGCAGCUGCUCGAAAGGCACGAGGGGAUAAAACGUAUGGAUGCUUCGUUGAGACUUGUGAACGGAAAUGCUCGACUCCUCAGAAACGAAGGAUGCACUUGGUAGACAAGCACAUGUUCCCUCGAAACUAUAACUUCUACAUUGUUAAUGAUGGACUCGACAAGCAAACCUCCCUGCUGCGGCCAAUGAAUAGCGACCGCACUCGCCGGCGCAUCUCUACGGCAUCUAUAUCGUCGGUCAACGAGGGCCGUCUGCGGCGACGAAGCUCGGCAUCUCAAGCGAUUCCUCCUCCAAUUCAAGCGAAACCCCUAGCCUCGGAUGACAUGGACAUUGAUGAUUUGGAGCGUUCAAUGUCCGCGCUGCGGUUUGUGCCCGCCAGUGUGACGAAGAACCGGGCAAAGGCAUCGCAUUCCAACUCUUGA